AUGCAACAUAAGAAAUUGAUGAACACGGAUCAUCAACAGUUGGAUGAUGUUUUACAGUUAAAUGUAUGCUUGCUCCCACAACGCAUUUUCAGUAGUAAAUCCCCAACCCACCGACCAACUCUCCACCCCCUGGUCCGCUCACCCCCCACUGUCCCCCUCCCUCCACCCACCUCCACCCUACACCACCGAUCGCCCCGACCCCACUCCCAACCCAGCCCCUACCAACCAUACACUCAAUCCUUUACUUCCCCCACCACCUCAUUCAACCACUCCAAACCUCCGGACCACGGACACACCCCACCCCCCAUCACCGUGCCACCCCCCCCCCACUCCUCAGUACCAAACCACCCGCCCACCCACCCCCCCUUUAAUGCCUCUCCCCAGCUACCGGCCACCACCUACACCCGCUCCACGAGCCCCUCCCCCUCUCACACACUGCCUCCACAUCCCACCCCCCCCCACAUCCCUACCUCUCAUCUACCUCCACUCCACCCACCACCGCCACCUCCUUAA